UCAAGUUGAUGAGUCAGCAGAAGGUAUAUUAAAAUGGGAGCAGCAGAUGGUUGGUGAGACCAGCCAGAAGCACCAUGGGGACCGCGUAAAUAAUUAUUACCACCAUCGGGCUUCGCAAGGAUUAACGUCAUGUCAUUACCAAAGAUUCAAGUAGAGGAAGUGGACCAUGAUGCAGAGAGCAGCUCCAUCCCACCAGGUGACGACCACCUAAGGAACUUGAAGGCCCUGACGGAGAAGCUGAGGUUAGAAACCCGUAGGCCAUCGUACCUAGAAUGGAAGGCAAAGCUCGAGGAUCAGCCGUGGAAGAACCCAGAAGCUCCCGUGGAACAAGAAGUUCAGGAAACCGGCCAAGGUGAUGACGAGACAUUAGCACCACUCGAGCUGAAACAGAUUCAGGAAAUCUCGGGUGCCCCCAAACAGAACUCUCCGGAGUCAAAGAAAAUACACGGCUUUGAUAGUAUUGAUGAAGCCCUUACCUGGCUAAGGAAGGAGCUGACAGAAAUGCGUCUCCAGGACCAGCAUUUGGCCAGGCAGCUCAUGAGGCUACGAAGUGACAUCAACAAGCUGAAGAUCGAGCAGACGUGUCACCUUCAUCGGAGGAUGUUGAACGACGCCACCUAUGAACUGGAAGAGAGGGACGAACUAUCGGAUCUGCUCUGCGACUUCCCCAUGAUGUCCUCUUUUGGACUGUCCACGCCUCUGAAACUUAUUGGAGUUACCAAAAUGAACAUCAAUUCUCGGAGGUUCUCCCUCUGCUAGAACUGUGGGAAGCUCCUCAGUGGCUCUUACAUCAACGCCAACAAACUGAUGGAAUGUUUUGCUGCCUUAUAUAAAACACCAGCCAAUCACACAAGCUGACGCGGUGACUGGCGACACAAAGUAUGUAGCAAUGCACGGCAGUGAACCUGAAUCCGGACCA